CGUUUGAGUCUGCGCCGCCAUCGCGCGCGACGCCCGAACGCGUCUCCUCAUCGUCCUCGACGUGCUGGUCGCUAUACUUCUCGUCGCCGCCGUGAAUGUCACCCUUAAAUGAACGGGCACUCAAGAGCAGCAAGUACCACCACGGAGCUACUACCUGGCGACUCGGUAAUCAUGCAUCCCUCACAUUCUGGACCUCCAACAUCCAAGCGCAAGGAGGCUGACGGAGGAAAUCCUUUAAAUCAGGUCAUCAAGAAGGCGAGGAAGGAGUCUUCCGCGGCUGCCAAACGCAAGCUCGUAGGAGAAGAGAAGCCUGGUGGGCUCGUCAUUGUACGCGCAAGCUCGGCGCAUCCACCACAUUCUCAGGAGACCCCGCCAACCCGACCCGAACCCCAGCAACCACAACGGCACUCGUCAGUUCCCCCGCCUAGCAGGACGACCCCUAACGGCGAUGUCAAUGGCGCACAUUUGGCUCGUCCUUCAAAGAAGUUUAGGGCUGAUUCGAAUGUCACAUCGAGUAGCAACAAGGGAGAGGGUCGGGAGGCCUUGGGUGUGGUGGUCGAGGCUGACGAGGAUGAGGCCGUCCGGCAGAUGCGGUCAGAGACGGACAUGUUGCGGCGCAAGUCCCUCGCCGCUGCUGCCACUACCAAAUUGGACCCAAAGUUCCAAUUUCCCGCUCCAGAGGCGAGCUCGAGAUCAACAAAACAACCGUCUCAAUCGCGCGGGCGUAUGCGGGAGAUGUCGCAGCCGCUUCCCCAGCAGGACACGCCUCAACAGGAGCGUAACAAACUCCUGCGUGGGCAGAGUGGUCAUCGGCGGAAGAGCUCGUUGACACGAGGAAAACGGAUCAGCUCCACAUAUGAGAGUACCGGGGUUAUUGAUCUAGCCCAGCCACAUACAUCAGUGCGGAACUCGAGCUUCUACAAACAUAUCGAUAUUGAGCUGCCUGAGCCUCAACGAGCGGCGCAGCUGUUGAUAUGGUGCUCACACCGUGCAAUGAACGAACUCGCGGAGCAGAUCACGCAGACGUCGUCCUCGUCAAGACAAAAUACCAAAGAUUCUGGCAAGGACCCACCCCCACUAUCGGAGGACCUGCAGUUACUCAAAGGCGUGGGAGAAGAUAUGGUUAGGAUGCUGGCGGAGAGAAAGAUUGAUACCAACGUGUAUAAUCAACCGGGCGAAGACGGCGAACCUAAGCAGUUGAAGCCGAACGAGCAGAACGGGCGAAAUAAAGAGCGGGAGGUGAGGUUUAAUGCGCAUAUACAGAGGCUCAAACAGGAAGAUGAGGCCUGGGUUGAGGUCGGCGCAUCUUAUAAUUCCUUUCGGACCUCCGUCCUUGCCGAACUGGACGAUCGCAAGAAGGAACUUCCUUCUGCGAAAGCCAAAGGCAAGAGACCAGCUACGGCCGCAGACGUCGCGCUAUGGGACAUCGGCGAGAAAGAUCUGCCGGAGCAUUUCCGUGGACGAGAUGGCCUUAUUGUGGCUAGGAGUCUCGUAGACGCAGCGGUGGAUGCGCAGAGCCCUCUGAGGAAGCGGAUGGAAGAUCUGCAGGAGACGGCCGACUGGGUGCGCACUUUGGCUCAUUCUGCGCUGGAGAGUACACGGCUAGCAGAAGCAGAUCUCAACCAGCGCUUUUCGUUACUCAGUAUCGCUCUCUCGUCGCGAAUACACCCUGGCACGCUGUCCUUCGCAUCGACAUCUCCUGCGCUCUCUUCUUACCUUCCUCCGACGUCCUCUCGCCCACCGUCGACUACAGAUCCCCAGGCGCUGCUCCGAGCCAUGUCGCGGGUGGACGCUGAGCGUCCGCAAACGCAGGUCGGUGAUGCAGCGCGGCGCGCCGCUAGGGAGCUACAGCGCGUGCAAGACUCGUCAAAUGGCAUGACGGAGCGUAGGCUGACAGGCGUGCCACCACCUACGCCUCGCAAGCCUCCAGGGACACCGCGUCGUGCGGCAACGCCGGGCAAGGGAAGAUAGCAUUUUCCACACAUUCGACACUGUCAUGCCACAUCCUAUGCGAUACAUUUACGACAUCAACGCCGUCUCCUAACGAUACCUGUCUGUCCGGUUGCGUACGUCAUUGCCAUUGCUUAUAUCUCAUGUAUCGGUCUUUUAUACGUUCAUUUGCCAUAACCUUGAUCUGUCUGCUGCAUACCUGGAGAUCGAUUAAUUGUAAUGUACUCGCCCGGUGCACGGCUUCCGCGUGCGCUCUCUGUAGUCGUGUGUGAUGAGGAAAAUUACGCGUUGGUAGUUGUGUUGAA